CAUGGUUCCAUUCCCUUCCUCGCCCCACUACAAUUUACGGGUCUUCCAUCAAUUCGAAGGCCGGUAAGAUAUCGCAUUUCUGCCCCUGACUCUCCACCUCUCACACCACCACAAAUCUGCAACUCAAACCCACUUCUCUUUCCAGGCUGCUUCCUGCCAUCAUUAAGCACUGAAGUUCAGGGUUACUUCUGAAAACCAGUCAGCCUUUUUUGUUUGCCUACCAUCUGUUUGCUGAAAUGCCUUAGUGAACCCAGAAUCCAUUUUGAUUAAGGAGAGAUCAGGAACUAUUUUGAUUACUUGCUACCUGUUUGUGACUGGGACAGGUGCGUCCUUGUUAAUUUACGGGAACCCGCAUCCACCGGUUCUUUGGCUAUAAAAAUGGCACUAGCGACAAAACUUGUUCACACUACAAAGGAACAUUUGAAUUCAUUGUCUAGGUGGACUCUUGAUGAGAGAGUUGAAAGCUUAGUUGACCGAACUUGUUUCGGUACAUUUAGGGGAGCUAAAUUCCCCAUGACAUGUCAUCUUUCUCUGCUUAAUAGUUUACUUAGGUUAUAUGACGUUGAUAUGCAUUUUUUUUAUUUUGGUAACUUUAAAUUAUUAUUUAGUUUAGAAGAUAUAUUGGUGAUUACUGGUCUUCCCAUAGAUGGGAAACCAGUAACGGGGGAGGAUAAGGAUCCACAGGCAGUGUGUGAAGCCUACUUGGGUACGAGUGAUGGUGCAUUUAUCGGAAAAAAUAAAACUAUAGCCAUCCAAUGGUUAAAAACCCGAUUUGAGGUAGUUCCUGCAGAAGCAGAUGAUCAUCAGUUACUGAUUCAUGCUGGGGCAUAUAUUUUGUAUACAAUUGGUGUUUCUAUUUUUGCUGAACCAACACCGUCAUAUGUGCCGGCUUAUUAUUUGCCUCUCCUCAAUGACGUCGAAGAGAUUAAUUCCUAUGCAUGGGGGGCAGCCCUUUAUGCGCACUUGCAUGUGCAUUUAAAAAAGUGCAAGACCAGAGAGCAAGUCAAUAUUUCUGGUUUCGUUACUCCUCUCAUCUAUUUUGCAGUUGAAAGAAUCCCCAAGGCCUUAAGAUUUUUGAUGACCGGUGCAGUGAAUGGGGGGACAGAUGAAGACUUGAAUAGUUGGCUGCCGAUGCAAGCACCACUAUUUUUUCAAAUUAUGUUAGUGGUAUGUAGUUAGACCUAGUCUAUGGGAGAAUGCCUAAAUUGUAGGAGUCAUGGUUAAGUUGUUUCAAGUUGUUGUGUCAUGGGAUAUGGUUCCACAAAAUCUACAUUGUGCUGGUUGUGCUCUUUGUAUUCAAAAUUAACUCUCUAUUUAAGUUGUGUUGGUAUUCAGCUUUAAAAAAAAAAAAGAAAUACAGAGCUUUCUAGCCAUCUUGUGCAGCAGCAAGUUUAAGUUUUAUUUCAAGUGUCCUCAACAUCUGGU